AUGGCACUCUCAAUGCUACCCUUACUAGCUCUUUCUGCGUUAUUCGUCUAUCCGAAUAUCGUCUCUGCAAACACCAACUUCACUUGUUCUGCUGACUCGACGCGCUCAUGUCAAACCUACCUCACGUAUCGGGCCAGACCACCUUACGCGAAUCUUGGAAACAUAUCUGAUCUGUUCGGUAUUAGUCGGUUGAGUAUAGCACAAGCUAACAAACUCACUUCAGAAAAUAAACUACUAUAUGAUCAGCUUUUGUUGAUACCUGUUAAAUGUAGUUGUAUCGAGAAUAGUUAUUUCGCGAAUGUUACAUAUUCGAUUAAAAAGGGUGAUAGCUUUUAUGUUGUCGCGACGUCUGUGUUUCAAAAUGUGACCAAUUAUCUUAUUACUUAUGUAUGGCAACCGAAAGACGAUAUGAACCCGAGUUUAAAUCCAACUAAUUUGACAGUUGGUGAGCCAGUGGUUUUCCCUUUGCUAUGCAAGUGUCCUGCACUGUUUCAGAAUCAAGAUAAGUAUCUUAUUACUUAUGUAUGGCAACCGAAAGACGAAAUCUUGCAAGUGAGUUCUAUGUUUAACACAAGCUCUUACAAUAUUGUUAACGAGAAUAGUUUUCGGAACUUCACCGCUGCAGCGUGUCUUCCGGUCCUUAUACCAGUUUCUAAACUACCAAUCUUCCCACCACCCGGUUUUAAAAGUAAAAGGUCGAAAAAGGGUGAGAUAACGUUUAUCGUGUUAGGAAAUUUCGGGUCGUUUUUUUUCUAUUUGUUCUGUCAUGCUUUGAAACAUGAAGCGAAUGUACCCACGAAAAACAGUCAAGAUAAAAUGCUUGCAACCGAAGAGCUCAAGAUUCUCGUGGUGAAAACAACCCGCGAUGCAACCGAAGAGCUCAAGAUUCUGCAAAGAGUGAACCACACGAAUUUAGUAAAACUAAUGGGAAUGUCAUUGGAUUUCGAUGGGAGUUGUUUUCUGGUUUAUGAGUAUGCUGAAAACGGUUCACUCGACAAAUGGUUGUUUAAGGGAUAAAGCCCAAAUGAGCACCAAGUGAA